AUGAUGGUAGGGUCCUGUGAAUUCUCCGAAGAGCUUCCUUUUACAGACCACGUCUUUUCCUUUGAAGGCAGACGUAAGCUUCACUCGAAGCUGUGUGAGCUUGGCCGCAAAGACUUCUUCGCGAUUUUCACCAGUGAUCCUUUUGUUUUAAGCAUUGGAUGUUAUGAUGGCCACCCCUUCAUCACGGACACUCACCCUGUCACACUGGAGCCUGGAAAAGGCAACGGUCUUUUACUGAUAGGAAAACAAAAUUCGCGUGAAUUGUGGAAGAGUCUGUGUGUGUGGUUGUGGCAGCGUUUAGACCAUGGGGGUGUGAAGCCUGGUACAUGUCAAUCACUUGCAGUUGUGUCGCCAAAAACCAGGUAAGUGCAUGGGUUAAUAAAUUUAAGUGGGGUAUAUAUUUUUAAAAUAAAAUUUGUACUGACUGACUGUUAGUGUAAACAUUACACUUGUCCAAGUCAUAUGCAAUUGACCCCUUAUGACAACUUCCUGUUUUCUGUGAUCAUUGCGAGUCGCAUUAAAUACCAUUCUAGUUUAAAAUUCUGUAAUUGAUACUAAUCAGAAGGAUAUGACAAUCUGUUUAUGCAAUAGUUAAUACCUUAUUUACUAGAGAAUGCAAUUUUUGGUGUUGUCCCUGCGUGGGUCAUUUGCACAUGCCUGUGGGGUUUUGUAUGAGCCGACCGGCCCCACCAUGGGGCAUUUGCAGCUUUUCCGAAAAGCACCCGGAGAGGGUAUAGGCACACUUGCAAUUGAGCGAGUCAUUGGUUUACGACAAGAAAUAGACAAUUAAGCAAAAUAGGUAUCAGUUUUCGACCCUUAAAACUUAAAACCAUUUCGAUAUGGUGGUCAGAAUUUCCAUUUUUCAUUUUAGUUCAACCCUGUUCUCUUUCACUCCGUAGGGACGGGUAGGAGAUGACCCUGGGAACGAGGUUGGUUUAAGUUGACAAUUGCAUUGAAGCGAUAAACUUCUGUGUUGCUGCAAACAAAACCUACAUUAGGCGUUAAGAACUUCGUGGGCAACACUUAUGUACCAGUCAAUUCCAAAAUCGCCCAUCUUCAGGGGGAACACCCUGGCAGUUGACUCUUUUGAAUAAUUUUGCUCCCAGAUCGCCCACCUACUAGAAUUAUUUCGAACCUCCCGUAAGCGACUACCCAAAAUAAAAAGACUUGUGGUCGCUUACAACAAUACCUUUAUAUAUCCAAAUUCACAAUUUUCCUAAUCAGCGCACGAAAUACUAAUGUUUUGCUCUUUUGGUCUGCAAAAAGUAGUCGGUUUGCUACAAAAAAAAAGUGAAUUCUCUGAAGGAAUAAAGGCUUUAUAUAGGAACGGCAUUGAGAGAGAAUAUGAUCCCGGAGUACUCACGGUGCGUAGUCAUGAUAUUUUCUCCCAAACAACCGUCUGUCAAUUCAAAAGUCGUAACGCCGUCUCAAAAUUAAUGUUGGUCAGUUAUCCUGACAUCUUAUUUUUACUCAGGGUAACAGUGUCUGAUGCCAAGUCUUCAGUUCCUGGUGAAGAAACAAGCAGAAAGUGUCCCACUGACAGCUGCUCCGACGAUGAGGUUCAGUGCUCUGUUACAGAAGACAAGGAUAGGGAUUUUGAACUGCCUGGUAUGCGAACCAAGCGUCGCAGAGAUGAUGACAAACACUCAGUAAUAAAUCUUAUCCCGGAUGAUAGUAAGCGCCCUCAAAAAGAUCUUGGGAGCAUAAACCUGGUCACUGCCUCUCACGCAUCAGCAGUUGUGUCACCACAGACCGAGUAAGUUUACCUUUGACGUAUGCAAGCUAAUAGGAUGAGAUACAUAACGGAACAGAUCAAUAUUUCUGGUUAAGAUGGGAGGGGCUUGAACAUAUUGAUGUGUAUAACUCGCCGAUUAGUUUGCCCGAUGUUAUUGGCUAUUUUAUGUCACGUGGUGGACUGGCAUCAGUUAAUAUAUCUUGCCUUCUUCGAUAUUUGCCCUCCGAUUAUUUGAGAAUAUUGUUGAGCAUGACCCUAAGAUCCAAAAUAUGUUGUGCAAAUAUCAUACACAUGUCGUUUUUGCCAACUAAGACUGUUUUCAAUUUCAGGUUUUCUCACUGUAGAACUGAGUAGACAAAAAAAGUCCACCUUUAUAACGUCAUAAUGAUCUCGCUUUGAUACCUCACAAUCGAAUUAUACUUAAACGUUUGAAAUAACGUGAAUGUCUUCCCUUUUAAGACGCUUUUUUCAGAUAUAAGGGGUGAGGCCCUUCAACCUCCCACCAUGGUUCUAGGAUGCUCUAAGAAAAGAGUAUAUUUCAUUUCACCGGCGAAAAUUACUUGCCUUUAAAAAGCAAUGGUCUUCCCGACCUGCUAGUUGUGAAAAACGGAAUGAACCGCAUAUAUUUGAAGUAUCAUUUUCCAUUUGUUUCACACCCUAACUAUCCUUAUUUUUAUUUUUACUUAGGGAACAAGCGUCUGAAACAAAUUCACUACCUCAUGUUGAAAACACAAGCGCAAAAAUUUCCACUGACAGCUCCUCUGACGAUGAGGCUAAGUGCUCUGUAACACAAAAGAAGGAUACUGAUGUGAAGCCACGCGCUGAAGGUGAUGGUGAAAACCCUAGGAAAAAUACACCCGCUGCAGGAAGCAAGCGUCCUGGAAAUGAUGACGAACACCCAGUAAUAAAUCUUAUCAUGGCUAGAACCAAGCGCCCUAGAGAAAAUGACUACGUGCAACGGGGUACGAAACCUUCAAUAUCUUAUUGCCAGUAGUUUUGCUUUAUGCUUGUUUUUAUCCAGGUAGGCCCACUUUAUUAUGUUUACCCUUUUCUUGCUUGGGAUACAAAAGAUUUCGUGUAAGUUUCAAUAUAUAAUGCUCUAGUCCAGUUACUGUAGUGAGACAUGUUAAUGUUAGGUCAAUGGAACUGAACAAAAGUCCAGAUCCAAAAUAAAACUGAUGUGCGACUUAAAACUAAUUGAUAUCCCUGAUAUUCUGACACAGACCCCACCAGAGGUGACACUCAUGGAUUGGGAAAAGAGACAAUUGCUGUCGACGAAAGCAUCCCCACAGUAGAAGCAGUUGAUCGCGUAUCACAGGUACGGAAUCAAACCAUUGUUUUGUCAUUUGGUUUGUUAUAAUUAUCAAUUCCUAUGACGUAAAGAUUUUCGUUUAUGUAACUUUAAUAAUAAUAUACAUCUCACAGGCGUAAUAGGAAAUGAAUAAUAAAUAUAUGAAGCCAGAAGUCGGACUGCUAUUUCAGUAUCAUUUAUAACGUAAGGAAUGUAUACUAAGGAGUGCUAAAAAAUAAGAAGUCAGAAAAUAUGCCCAUACUCCAACAGCAGAGAAGGAGUUUGUUUUGACCUCUAAAGUAAUUAAGAAGUGAUGAAAAGCCCGAGGUCAGAAGUCAGGAGUCGGAAGUCGAAUUUCGUAGGAAAUAGUUUUUUUUUUUUUUAAUUUACUACCGACUUUGUGGUACCAUUAACAAAGAAUUCUCAUUGCGAGUUGUUUUUUUUUCCAGAGCCAUGGUUACUGGAAAUCAAACCCUAAAAUUCCCGUUUGGGAGCUGGGGAAGAAGUCAAGGUAUACAGCUAAAGAAGCCAUGGAAGUUCUCCUGUGUCAGUGUGUAAAUGAGCCAUCCUGCGAUCGCCAUCCUUUGCGAGUGAGAGAAAAUGCAGCAUUCUUGGUAAAUGUGGACUCCUACAAUAACUGGGAGGACAUCAAAGACGACAUGAAUGGCGCCUAUACUAAGCCUCUGACGUGUGGAACGUGGACUUUUGAGUGUCAAAAGAACGACAAUGGUGAAACCGACAUCAAACUCGUCGCGAGAAAAGCAUUGCCGCUCAUGAAGAAUAGCCAAUACCACCUACUGAUUAAUUCGAAGGCAAACAAAGCUUGUCCCUCUCUCGUGCGAUCAAUCUUUCUGAUGAAAGAUUCCUCUCACACAAUAGUGAAUGGAAUGGCCCUGUUACAGUACCACAUAACGUCUGGAGAAGAGCAAGUGGACUUUCAUGUUGGUGUCCAUGGGAACAGCAGUAAACUCUCAAAGGCAGCCUUCUAUCCUACAGCUAAGAGCACGCUUGAAGCUUUGAAACAAAAAGUAGGCAACAACGCACCCUCUCAAGUAUAUAAAGCUGUGUAUGAUAAAGCAGGCGGUUCUAGUCAAGCCAGGACACCAGGAACCUUACCACGUUCUAGAAAGCAGGUAUAUGAUUUGCAGUUUAGAGCUAACAAGGAAAAUGAUCCAGUGGAAGAUUUAUUAGUUUAUGCCCGAAUGAAGGACGAUACAGUUGUCUUGCGACAUGAAGAUUUGCCUAAUGACCUUUGGGUUCUGGGAACGAAGGUGAUGUGCAAUGAUCUGGGUUGA